CCGCAGUCGUGGCUGGUGGUGGGGAUGAAAAUUAGUUACGGCAUCUACCAAGACCUAAAAGGAACUCCGUGCGCGGCGCGGCCAGGCCACUUCGUGCAAUGUUACGCGUUAAGGUACCCCCGUGCGUCGUUGGCAGUGCCCGGUUUCGAAGCUCAUCGUCGUCAUCGUCGCCGUCGUUCUCGUUCUCGCGUUCGACGUGACGAUCAUCGUCACGCUGCGAAAGAGUUCGGUGCGUGAAAUACGCGUUAUGGCUCAUGGCGUAAGCGAGGUGCUCGGUGAGGGAAGCACGGUGAAAAUGGUGCAUCAGAAACAGCAACAACAGCAAUCGGUGCAUCAGCAGCAGCAGCAACAGCAACAGCAACAACAACAACAACAACAACAACAGAACCCGAGGAAAUCGGUCGGUGUGAUGGGAAGCAGACGGAUAUUCGCGCCGGCCUUCAAGCUCAAGGUUCUCGAUUCGUACAGAAACGACAUCGACUGUCGUGGAAAUCAGCGAGCCACCGCGAGGAAGUACGGAAUUCAUCGACGUCAGAUACAAAAGUGGUUACAGUGCGAGGAUAAUUUGAGAAACAGUUGUGCCGAGACUGGAAAUACCGGAGUGGUCUCAACAACGGUGAUCUCUCCCGUGGGUGUUUCCAAGCCGGACGGUACCGUGACGGAAGCCACGGGGCCUGCCGUGACUCCAGCAGCGCCGGCCUUGAACCUCAGCCUCGCCAGACUGCACGGCGACGAGCUGGCUACACAGCAAGGGCCCCCACCUCUUCUUUCUCAUCCUCCUCAUGGUGGUUCACCCUCUUCGCCCCAAUAUGCUUCUCAAUCCGGAACGGCGCCGGUUUUGUCCGUUCGUCUGGGAUAUCAAGAAUAUUCUGUCAAUUCGGAGCAACAUCACGUCCAUCGUCGAGAAGCGGCGGAGGAUCGAGUACAGGUAACGGUGGACGUUCACGGUUACUCGGAGACACGCGCGGAUCAGGAACCUAAUUACUACGUUCUAAAUUCGGACGGGCAACGAGAACUCGAGAACUUUGACGGUCGAAACGAGGCGAAGGUGUACCAGACCCUGACAGCGUAUCGAGUGCCCGUUCAUCAUCAGGAACAUCGGUACGGUAACGAGAGCGAGAUCGCGGUGGCAACGUCGUCGAUGCAUCGGCAUCGUUCCUCGCCGCCGUCCGGUCAUCGUCGAUCUCAGCAAAAUUACGGGGACGUGGACUCGUCGAUGGACGGGAAAUCAUCGUACGGAUUGCUGCUAGCGCCGUCGAUGAUAAAGACGGAACGUGCGAGCCCAGACUCGGCGGCGACGCCAGGGCCGUGCGAGUCCACGGGUUCCCCCGGUGUCUCGAGGGUCCCACUCUCUCCGGUCUCGCAUCCAGCCAACGGCACCGGUUCCAACUCUAGCAGCUCCAGCUCCAGCUCCACCACGUCCGUUCACUUCGAUUCCCCACGGUCCUCCGCGAGUCCGUGCUUGCACGUGCACGUGCACGAACACGCACACGCACACGCACACGCGUCACCAACGCCGGAUUCCGAGAAGCCGAUCCCGUCCCUGCACCGAUCGCAGCAGAGAGAGUCGAAGGAAACGAACACGGCUCGUAUCGGAGAGAAGGGAACGGCGGAGGACCUCGCGGAGGAGGCAGAAAUCGGUAGGGCGGUGGUCAAGGAGGAAAUCCAGCAAGAGGAGGACAUAGCUAGCGCGGAGGAGGGAAGAGAUGCUGUCGUUGCAUCCUCGUACGUCGAUUAUCAGCGACCACCUGCUGCUACCUCGACACUGGCCGAUUCGUGUCCGGUAAGCCCGGUGCACGAUCGCGAGGGGGGAUACUCCUUGCCCUCGAGCCCUCGAGGUCCGACCAGCUCCGGUAGAUCGAGCACCAGUUGCUCCGACAGCGAAAUGGAUCCUCUCGAUUGCUCGUCCGGUAGUCACAAUUCCUCCAACGAUCUCGCCCGUCGCCGAUCUUUCUCUCUGCGGUUCAAGCUGGACGUUCUCGACGCUUUCCAUCGGGACGUCGGCGUGGCGGGCAAUCAACGCGCCACUGCCAGGAAAUUCGGCAUAAAUCGGCGACAGGUACAAAAAUGGCUGGGUCAAGAGACGGAGUUGCGCGGCGAGAUCGCUCUUCGUGGAAAUUCUAGGCAACGACUCGGGCCCAUCCAGGAUGCCACUUCCGGUGACUCACCGGUAGAUCUGAGGACGUCGAACUACGUUUCCAGCUUAUCUCAGGAUCGAAUCGAAGCCGAGUACGAACGAUCGCCUCCGCCUCUUUACUGUUGCGACGUUGGUUCCUCCUCUUCGCAGCAUCUUCCAUACUACCAGCAUCCCGCCGCGGUCGAUGUAUCUUCCGAGAGCGAGCCCGUUGUUUCUUGCAAUCUCUCCUGCUGUAUGGAAGGCCACGCCGUGACACCGGUCGCUUCGUGCUACCAGGAAGCCUCCUUAAGAGGAUCUUGCUACUCCGACUCGCAGACCAGGUACUGUUAUUCCCCUCGAGAAUAUUCCUCGGAGAUCACCUCGGUUCCCGAGCCCUCGGAAGAACUGUCCUCGCCGUUGAAGAGGCAGCACUGUGCCCUUUCCUGCUGCUACGAGAUGCUUCCGUCGUCGUCGCCGAAAAGGCUCUGCCUGGAAGCCGAGGAUCCCACCAGGACCAAUUCCUGCCAAGAAGUGCCUCCUCAGGAAACGCCGCUCUGUCUGGUGAAGCCAAAGAGGCUCGUCGACGCCUCUCCGUCGAGGACGGAGCCGGUCACGAGCACCGUGCCGACGCCGCCGGCGUCCACCGCGCCUCCGCCUCCGGGACCAACGUUGAAGAAGGACGCCAUCCUGUUCAAGCCCUAUUUGGACAAUCCCGUGAGCAAACCCGCCAAGGAGAACUCGAUCCAGAGGGGUUUGUCGCCCGUCAGUAGUCAGAGUAUCAUCAUCAACAACAACAAUAACUGCCAAAAUAUCUGUAAUCUGAACGAAGGCAGCAGGGGCCACGAUUACGCGCUCGAGCUUAGCUUGAGAUUGCCGGUAUCCUGGAGGACUCAUCCGGGUCCGUACACCGAGUUCCCGCAGGUCAGGAGUGCGUUCGUUAGAUAUCCAGCGAGUCCUCAUUAUACUUAAUUGGAAAACUCGUUCGAUCCUCGAUUCCGCGAAACGGAGGCAUCGGUACGUUUCGUCGUCGCGCCAUACUGCACGGUAAUCGACUCGUCCGAAUUAGCGCGACGCAGCACGAUAUUCGCCGAUUAAACGAAAUGGCCGAUAACCGCCAGUCCGCGAUAUUCGAUUCGGCAAAACUCGAAACCCGUUGAGGUAUCAUCAACGUUCUGUUCGCGCUGGAGGAGAAAAAGUUUCGUACGCGUUCGUGGGACAGCGAAGAUCGCCCGGGAAGGAUUUACCCGUGCAGGAUCGAUCGGUACGUGAUCUACGACACGUCGCGCGCCACGUAAGCGUUUAUCGUUUCCUCGAUCGCCGGUGUCGCGUUAUACAUCACGAUAAAGUCUUAAUCGACCAUUGGCCGAGCCGGGAUGUGGAAGGAGAUUAUACGCGGUCGCGUCUUCGGUCGGCAUCUUCCAACUUCUUCAGAUCUGCUCUGUCCCUCCCGCGCCCUCCAAGGUUUCCUAGCUCCUUCGCCCCCCUCUCCUGCCUCCUUCUCCGCCGCCGCCCCCACCCUUCUCCCGCACCUCGCGUGAAAAUUCAGAGAUACGCGCGGAGAACUUUUUUCUCUCUUGUCCGUGCUUUAUCGGCGAGAUUAGCCCGUUGGUCGGCUAUCGGCUAGGCCGUUUAGAGGUCGAGUGUGCGAUCGCUAUAAUUACGGAAUUAUGUCAGUCUCUGAACGAUACCGAUCACGAGGAAAAGCCGGUGUGGUUUGCCUAGCGCGCCGCCGCACCGUUGCGUAACGACGCGGCGACACCGCCAUUAUUUUUCAGCCAAUCGCUCUCGCGGAAGACCCUCGAUCGAUUCGAGAUCGACCAUGGGAGACGGACACUGUUGUUUCCUUGCCCGUUCUCUCACGAUUCGACGACGGUCCCGUCGGUCGCCACACCGUGCAUCUUCGUGUUUCGCGUCCGAUCGAGGAUCGAUCUCUAGAUAUCGUUUAAUUGCUCAAAGAAUUUCUUCCAUACCCGCGCACUCGUGCGCCACGCACGCUGCGCAAGUAUUACGACAGGGUUUCGUCUCCGUUUUUCCCCUCUUUUCUCUCCCCGACUCUCUCCCCUCUAGCGACCGGCGCGCGAUUUUCCCGCGGGCUCUCUCGUCUCCUUCCUUCUCCGUCGAUUACUUGUAAAUAUAUGUAAAUACGGCAACGCAGCGGGAGGAUCGGGCCGACGGGGCACGAAUUUUUCACCGAUCCACGCCGACGAAUCGCGCGCGUCCUCGCGCGCGGCGCGGUCCGAACCCCGCGCUCGCGGCCGCCCCAUUCGUGGCUAUUUUUGUAUCGAGUUCGCGAUCUCGAGGGAGAAGGAAAGGGACGAAAGGUCGAAGGAGGACUUCGCGAGAAAUUUGUCGUAACCGUUUCCGUUCGAGGCCGCCAUCCGUGCCUUUCUUCUCGCUGAUCCUAAAGCGAACGCGUAAUCCGAUUUAGAACGAACUUACACGUAGAUUAUUAGUCGUAAAUAUAUAUAUAUAUAUAUACAUAUAUAUAUAGAGCUAUAUUUUGUACAAAUUUGUGUCUCGACUCCGUUGUGGAAACCGACGAGACGAAGAAAGACGGGAGGGGAAAUUGG